GUCGGUCUAUGUGUCUAUAAACUUCAUGCAUGACUUCCCCAUUAGCAACACAAAGCAGCAGUAGCAGCUUAAGCCAAAAUGCCAGCCCUCCAGUCAAGUACCUUCAAUGUCUCUGUAGCUGAGCCCUUCCUUAGAGAGUCCCCUAAGCCAUCCAAGAGAACAAAGAGAGCAAAUAUGAAGAAGCAGCCAUGGAUGCCAAUAGUUGCAUCUUCUGCUCCAAAGAGAGAGAAGGACCCAAAGAAACGUGUAGUCAUCACAGGAAUGGGCAUUGUUUCUGUCUUUGGCAACGAUGUUGAUGCCUACUAUGACUGCCUCCUUCAAGGCAAGAGUGGCAUUGGUACCAUCAAAACUUUCGAUGUCUCCGAGUUACCUACCCGGUUCGCUGGGCAAAUCCAUGGAUUCACAACUGAUGGAUAUAUCAAGAACAAGCUAGAUCGUCAGCUUGAUGAUUAUAUCAAAUUCGCCCUUGUUGCUGGCGCAAAGGCUCUCAAUGAUGCAGGCCUUGGCUCUAAUAAACUCUCCAAGAUCGACAAGGGACGAGCUGGUGUGAUUGUUGGAUCAGGCAUUGGUGGUAGUACUGUUGCCAAAGCAGUUCAAUGUCUAAUAGAGAAAGGUUGCAGGAAACUGGGUUCAUUUUCAUCCCCUUUCGUAAUGACGAACACAGCCUCUGCAUUGCUUGCAAUUGAAUUUGGUUUCAUGGGUCCAAGCUAUUCUAUAUCAACUGCUUGUGCUUCCUCCAAUCACUGCUUCCAUGCUGCUGCCAACCACAUUAGAGGAGGCAGUGCUGAUUUGAUUAUUGCUGGUGGAACUGAAUCUGCAAUUACUCCUCUUGCCUUGGGUGGGUUUAUCGCUUGUAGAGCUUUAUCACAGAGAAAUGAUGAUCCUCAAACUGCUUCAAGGCCAUGGGACAAAGAAAGAGAUGGGUUUGUUAUGGGUGAAGGUGCUGGAGUUUUGGUAAUGGAGAGCUUGGAGCAUGCAAUGAAGCGUGAUGCACCGAUUAUUGGUGAAUACUUAGGAGGUGCAGUUAACUCCGAUGCGUACCGUUUGACUGAUCCCAGAGCUGAUGGACUUGGUGUUUCAUCAUGUAUCAAAAUGAGCCUUCAACAUGCUGGUGUCUCACCAGAGGAGGUUAACUAUAUAAAUGCACAUGCAACUUCCACAACUAUAGGCGACCUAGCAGAGAUGAAUGCCAUAAAAAUGGUAUUCAAGUCUUCUCCAGAGAUCAAGAUGAAUGCAACAAAGUCUAUGAUAGGACACUGUCUUGGUGCUGCUGGGGGCCUUGAAGCCAUUGCUGUGUUAAAAGCCAUAACUACUGGGUGGAUUCAUCCAACAAUAAAUCAAUUUAAUGUUGAGCCAUUUGUGGAAUUUGAUACAGUUGCAAACAAGAAGCAGAAACAUGAAGUGAAUGUUGCAAUUUCCAAUUCUUUUGGCUUUGGAGGACACAACUCGGUUGUAGCAUUUUCAGCAUUCAAGCCUUGAACAUCCAAUUAUUUUCAAUAUUUUAAAGUGAAAUUAUAUUUUAACAUCACUCAAUAUUUAUCCAGAUUGUAAUGGACCUUUUUAUCUGUGUAAAUUCCAUGAAAUGAUAAUUGUGUAA